AUGAGCGGGAAGACCGCGGAAGUAUUAGAAGAAGCCAUUCAACAACAUGAGAAAUUCUGGACGCAUGUUGAAGAAACCUAUGCUGAAGCUUUUGCACAAGGAUCACAGCUGGCGCAGUUGUUGAAAUCGGUAGACGUCGAUGAUCUAUUUUCCAAAGAACAACUUGGAAAACUUACCAGAGCUCAUAAACAUCUACUUUGUCUAUGGAAGGAGCGAAGGGUGCGCCUUCACUCGAUGUUGGCUUUAAUAGCAUUUCGAACCGACACCCAACUAGUUGUUGAAUGGCUAGAACAGCAUGGCGAUCCAUACCUUAUGAAGAAUACAAGCAUAGGUGAAACUGUGGAACAGGCUCGAACGUUGCAAAGAAAUCACAGCCAUUUUCGACAAAUCGCGAAAAAUACCUAUUCGAACGCCAAUAAACUUUUCGAAGCCAGCAAAGCCAUACUCGAAUCGGGUAACAGCGAUUUAUCUACUCUCAGAUCU